ACCAGCCCGAAUACAUGUCACUACCUAUUUCAUGCUACUUAUUUCCGACACCGAAUACCCGAAGUUAUGCGGCUGUCCCCGAGCUGGAGCUGAAUAACGCUACCCCUGCAGGAGAUCCGAGAUCCUCCAUGUGCUCCUUGCAUCCCCUUCUCCAUUUUUUCAAUCUGGUCCUGCAAUCCAGCAGCACCUUGACGCUUCACGAUGGAGCUGCCAGCAACGUCCUCUUUGGUCCUCCAAAAGCGACGGGCGGGAUUGGAAAUAAAGGCGGUGCAUAGAUCGCCGCAAGCCUGCCUUUAUUGCCGAUCUAGAAAGGUCAGAUGCGAUGUGUCCAAGAACGGGCAGCCCUGCAUGAACUGCAACCUCGACGAGCAGAAAUGCGUCGUUACCAAAAGAGCCUCACGAAGGUUCUCAAAUGGUCACAGCAAGUUCCAAGCAUGCCCCCAACCCGACACGGGACGACGCAAGAGUACGCGAGCCCAAGAGCCGAUCAUUGAGACAAUUACCGAGCUCGACAUUCACCCCCAGGGGCAUUCAACCUGCGAUCAACCUACCUACAACGACAAACCGAAUAAGGCCGUUGUUGAGGACCGUCAUGACACGCCAACGGGGAAGAAUGCCCAGUCAGAUACAUCGGGGACAUCUGACUCGUGCUAUGAGGCCACACCUGCAGUUGACCCUCCCGCUACCGACCUUCUAUCCUCCUUCUUCGUCAACCCCGGCGCCGACCAACCUCCCGAACCAUCGGAGAUGGUCGUAUACUGCUCGUACUCAUUCCUCACCAUCAGCAACAUGUUUUACGUCCCAGCACAAGAUGUCCGCUUUCUGGACAAAGAAGAUUGCUUCCGCCUUCCCGCUCGAUCGAUUCUGGACCAAGCAAUCCAGCAAUACUUUCUACACGUGCAUCCGCUCUUGCCAAUGCUGAGUGAAGCAGACUUUUGGGAGGCGUAUUACAGCCCGGCACCGGAAGAAACAAAGAAAACAUCUCUUUUGUUGAUUCAGGCCAUGUUAUUUGUAUCAUGCAAUUUCUUGCCACUGGAGUCGAUCAAUCGCCUGGGUUAUAGUAAUGUCCGGAGCGCAAGAGCGUCGUUCUACAGAAAGGCCAAGCUUAUUUAUGACUUUGAUGUUGAACCAUCUUCCUUGGCAACAGCCCAGGCCGCAUUGCUCCUCACAUUUUGGACUCCACCAUUAAAUGCCGACUCAAAGCCCAACACCUCCUGGCUCAUGAUUGCGAUCGAGAACGCAAGGAGGACCAAGGCAGAUUACUAUUCCGACAUAUCCAACCUAACCGCAAAGAAACCCGGCGACCAUGCUAUCCUCAGACGUCUCUGGUGGUGCUGUAUCAUUCGCGACCGGAUUCUCCCUUUGGGCUUACGACGAAGCAUCCUAAUUACCCCGGCUCAUUUCGACUUCAAGAAGAACAUGGAACUCGGAUCUACAGAUUUGCAAGCAGAAAUAUGCCGCUCAAACAUGUACAAUGCAGAAACAAAAACGGCUUUAGCAAACGUGGCAAAACGUCUUUUGAAGCUCUCUGUAAUAUUAACUGACGUCCUUCUCCUGCUCUAUCCUCUCCAGCGGGUGAAUGAAAAUUUCCAAGACACUCAGCCGAAGAGUGCUUCCCUACGGAAGUGCAAGGAGGACUUGCUGCGUUGGUACACGGAGACGCCUAUUACUCGAAGCGGGAGGCGGGAAAACAUCGUGGAACACAAAUCAGUCACUAUGCACACAACUUUGAUGUACAUAUACUACCACGGAGCAGCCAUUUUAUUAUGCCAUUAUGACCUUAAAUUGGUAGAGGUUGCAUCCAAUCCCAGCCAAAUAAGUAGGAUAUCCCAAGCGCGACAAGAGGUUCAGCACUCCAUCGCUUGCAUCGCGGACCUUCUUGAUAGACUGAACCAACUUCACGUUGCACGAUGGCUACCCAUUACCAUAGUCGCCUAUGCCGCAUUUCCACUGGCGGUACACAUCCUUGAUGCUCAAUUUCCCAGACUCCAAGACGGUAAACCCAUAGACGAAAAGGAAAAUGGCCAGUCCAAGCAACGCCAGCUCAGCACUCUUAUCAAAGCCAUGAAAGUAUUCCACGAACAAUAUGACGGCGUUGAGGAUGUCGUCAAAACUAUCCGAAAUGUUAUUCGUCACAUACAACUACACGUUGAGAUAUCUAGCGCGGAUGCUGCAGAAAGAAACGAGCCACUUAGUGACAGUUCAAACUGGGACCUGCUCCUUGCACUUGCCAUCGACUGGAGCCUCAGCACUGGCAAGUCGGCCGACGGCCAAGACUUCACAGCAUACCUGGGAGGACUCUUCGGCCAGCCAAAAAAGCCGCCCGGUUCUUCAAUCAAUGUUAGCACAUCUACUUCCGAAGGCAUUCACAGAGGACAGCACAGUCCUCCCACCAAGGAUCAGGCCCCAAACUUUGGGAUGAGCACUCCCUCAUCGCAUGAUGACGAGUUUGAGCACUACAGGUUCGUGGAUUCAUCUCUGCUUUCUGGCUGCACUCUCGGUGACGACAGUCGGCAAAACGGAUUCGCCACUUCAAUAUCUCCCCAUGCAGACCCGCACAUCCUAUCAUCAGUUUGGGAUGGAAUGAUUCUCGAUAAUUUUGUUGGGGUUGACGCCGGUAACGAUGGCACUAUGACUUGGGAUCUUCACGCAGCUUGUGAUGGACAUGACCAAGUGGGUGUGAGAACGGGCCAAUUACUUGACAUCUCUCCUGAAGCAGAUUGUUGCGACAGUUUGAGCAGCCCAUUUGUGAUAAAUCAGUGACGAAGUGCGGCUAUUAUGACGCGGAGUGUAGACUAUUUGGAUGGCCGCCCACGGCCGGCAAGGGGAAAACGGAUAUACAACGGAACUUGUUCAAUAGCUGCUAGAACUUGUGAUGCUUUUGUCUUUGGGUGUACAAUUAAAAUUCAUAGGACCGAAUCGAUAGCGAAGCAUACCAAUAUACUCGGAGGCGAACCCAAGCACACAAAUUACAUUC